GGUUACGCUCAAAUAAUUUUGUUUUGAUUAGUUGUUAGGCAUGAUACGGAAAUUAAAAUUAACGGAAUUAAUUAUAAUUUCAAUUUCUUUUUGUCAAUAAUGUUGAAUGUUACAUGACCUCUACGAAAUUUUAAUAACCCCUAUUUUGGUUGGGAUCGUAAUAACUGAAAAUGGGUGCAGGUCAAAUUGGAGGCAUUGCCACAUUGGUGGAUAUAGAUUUUAAAAAUGCUCCUGGGUUUAUUGGAGUACCAGCAGAAGUAUCAGAAGCUCAAUAUGUUGUUCACUUUUUAUCACAUGCGUUGAUGUUUUGCGUGGGGGUGCUCAUAGAGGCUCAUGUAGUGCUUACACCCGCCACCUGCGUGCACGGAGAAAAAUAUAAGUUCCCCGUAGUUGCUGGUACACACAGGUUUCUUGAAAAUGCGGGAAUUAGCCGGACUGUGGAGCAUCUUUGUAUUCAUAAAGGUUACAAUACGUCGCAGCGAUGGACGGAUUGUAUGAUUGACAAUUUGGCAUUACUGGUUCUGAACCACCAGUUUUCUUUCAAUAAGCGGGAAGAGGGUAGCGAUUUUUUGCUGAAUCGUGUCCGUUACGGUGUAAGUGCACCGAGAGACGAAAGCCUGUACUCAGACACCUCAUGCAAAUAUUUUGGUUGGGGCAGUAGAAGAAAUGGUUAUAUGAUCCCCCUGUUGAUUGAGUUAUAUCGCGUGGACGUGGUGAUUUUGCCCAGGAGCAAAUGUUUGGCGAUGUUUAACUAUCAAGACAAAUUUCUUUGUAUCCAGCAAGGACAGUGCAGGUCCCCGAAAUUCGGAGCUCUGUGUCCAGACGAUGUAGGUUCCGUAAUCGUAUGUUCUGGCUAUGCACAAGGAAUUAUGACAUCUCGUCUGGUAGACCGGCCCUGUGGCGUGGGAUUCCUGGAUUUGAGCAAGUAUACAAAGUUCCUGACUUGCGGGGUGGACGACUCUCGCGAUGUUCUCGACCAUGACACCCACAUGGAGUAUGAUUUCACCACCGUCGGUGUACCUCACACACCAGAGCUGUCAACCAUAAAGGAGCAGAAUAGCACUAGUAUUAGUAUGGAAGAACCAAUUGCUGACAAAGUCCCAUAAAUAAUUAAUUACAUAAGUAACAGUAUUUGUUUGCUAUUUUUUAUUACAAAAAUUAAACACUUAAUAUUUGUC